AUGGUCAAUGUUGAUGGAACCAACAUUGGAGAGACGGAAUCUAGAAAAUUGGAUUUGAUCGGAGCGGGAGGGCCUGGCGUCACCGUCGGGAGCCUCACCGGUGGGGAGGCUUCAGCUUUGGCGACUUGGCCGGCAGAUACACCCCCUUCUCCUUGGGAUUCUUCUUGGGAUUACUAUUUUGAUAAACCAAUGUCAUCCUCCAGUCGUAGAUCAUUCUACGAUCCAAAACAACCAAGACUCUUAACCGAACACGAGAUCGCCCAGUUGAGCCCCGCCGAAUGCGAUGCCGCCUGUCUGCAGGUCGAUCAGAUCUUGGUCAAUAUUCUGCAAAAUAUUGAUGCCGAUUUUGGGAAAAGUCAUCGGAUCAUAACCGACAAGAUCUUGCCCGAUCUCGAACGCUAUGGCGAGGCGAGUAAGGGUAUUUGGGAGGGUUUAAAGUUUUGGCAAGGAUUUUUCGAGUCUUCGGCGAACGUUAAGCUUUCUGGAAAUAACGAUGAAUCGGAGGCAGCCUCAACAGUUGUUGAUCAGUCCCAUCAAUCAGAAGACAAUUCGAUCGAGACAGUUCAACCAGAUGAGCAAAAUGAUGAUUAUAACUCACGGGCGGAUCUCACGGCACCCGACUCGCCCUUCGAGAACUUGAAAGAAGAUCUUCGACAGAACCUCGGCAUCCCGCCCAAAUCUUCUGCCGCUCCGGCGGCCCAGCAGCCCGAUGAGAGCCAGCAGACCGGUUCGAGUGGCAGUCUUCGACGGCCACCCCAUUGGCACGAUCUCAGCAUGGACUCACCCGACGUGACCCUACAGAUGCCUGUUCCGAAAGACCUUUCGAUGCUCAUUGACGGACAAUCUGGUGUCUCGCUCGACUCCGACAUCUCCAUGUCUUCAUACGCCGCGGAUGAACCCGAGCCGCAUGAACAAGAGACAAGCAAAGAAGCCGACCCCAGCCACUCCCACACCCGCAAGAGUACCGGGCGUGGUUCUAAGAUCCUUUUACAUCAAGCCCUCCUCCGAGAUACGAUGAGUGGCAACCACAAGCGCCAAACGAUCAGCACCCCAGCCAAAUCGCGAUCUCGUCGUGGCUCUACGCUUGCCAGUUUGCCGCCUGAAGCCGCUGAACCUGGAUGGGACGGAAUUACGGACUUGCGAAAGGUGAAUCUGGAUGGUUUCGCAGGCUCCUCUAAGAUGGCUUCUCGACCGUUUCGUCUGAGUGGAGAAUACGCUGGAGAUGCCUCCCAGGAACAGACCGAGGAAUCACUUCGGGCCGGGAUCUCACCACCUCAGACGAUCCAUUUCUCGGUCCCGAGAUCGAAACUUGCUCAGACACCAUCCAAGGAAGCCGCACGACUUGUGACUCGGGACGUCUUGGAAACUGCACGUCUGCGCGCAGGAUAUGCGAAUCCAACUGAUCUGGAAGACAGUCCGCCACUCGAACCUCCUAGUGUUUUGAGAGAAUGGAAGCAACGUGGGUACGAGUCGUUGUUCAAGCCCCAAGCCGAUGAGGAAGCUCAGCCGAGUACCUCAAAGUCGAUCGCCUCAGCAGCUGAGGGAGUAUCAGAUGCCGGGCCCUCUCGAGACAUGUCUGUGUCCCGAGCACUGAUCGAUCUUCGAGAGGGGGACACAGGGUCCAGCCGAGGCUCUACACGGAACUCACAACGACCCGACAGAGACGACCCGUUCAACGAGCCUUCGACGAACAAGCCGCGGUCGGGCCACUCGUCGAACUUUGCGGGUCCAUCGAGCCGGGGACACCAGCUCCGAUCGAUGGCCAUGGACGAUUCAAUGGACAGUCCGCCGGACUCGCCCACCCUCUUCGGCAUCCGCCGCGACUCCAAACUUCCCCUCCGGCCCACCCAGGACUCCGUUCCUGCUGACCCCGCUCGCCCUCACAACUCCAGACCGGCCGGCUCGCAGACUUUUGUGCCCAUGCGACCCGAAGAGAUCGAUACCUUCUUUGGCGGUAAUCUCCUGGAAAGUGAAUGCUUUGAACCUAGUCCUUUGCAAGGUAAAAGGGUUCGAUACACCGAUCCAAAAGAUCCUUGAUUGGCUGCAUCUUCUUUCUCCUCAUCCUCCUGUGUUUGUUUCUUCUCCUUUUGUAAUCUGAUCAGAUCCUCUUCGGAAAGCACUCUUGUGUCUCAUUUAGCACUAUUGCCUUGAGAAAGAAAAAAUAACAACAUAGAUUUCUGCAAGCAGGAUGGAGAAAUGCACUUCCC